GCCGGCCUUCCUUCCUCCUCGACCUCUCUUCGAUGUGCCAGUGAGUUGGUGGCGGCGAACCUAACCUAAAGUAUAUUCAAUCGAGCGAAGAAGCAGAUUCAAACAUUAUUAUUAUAAUCUGCGCGACGUUUUUUUUUUUUUUUUCCCCUCUACGUUAUAUACGCUUUUUUUCACAAUACAGUGAAUAAUUUUAAUUUUUUUGCAACUCUGUGAUUAUAUUUGCAAAAAAAAAAAAUUUCCCUACACGUGUAUAUCUUCACUGAUCUUCAUUUUCUUCAAGGAAUUUUUAGUGAUAGUUUUUAUUUUAAAUUCAAAGUGAAAAAUUCAGUUGAGAGUGAUUAUUAACGAGUGUUGGAGAUAUUAUUAUUAUUAUUUUUUUUUUUAAUUAUUCUAUGCGUCAAAAUGAUGGACACUCAGAACUAUUGGGAGGAUAAUUCAGCUCAUUCCAUGCAAGUCAAGUAUGAAAGUUUGGAUAAUAGAUCAUGCAAGGACGACAUCUAUAGAAUGGGAAUCGGUGCAGGAUAUUGUGAAGGAAAUUUAAAUUUUGCAACCGCUUCAGAGGAUGAUGAAAUUUAUACAAAAAAAAAAGUUUCAAGACAAGAUCCAAUGUCUCAUAGGAUAAUAGAAAAGAGAAGAAGAGAUCGUAUGAAUAAUUGUUUGGCUGAUCUCAGCAGACUAAUACCAGCUGAAUACUUGAAAAAAGGCAGAGGAAGAGUGGAAAAAACGGAAAUUAUUGAGAUGGCGAUACGUCACAUGAAACAUCUUCAAGAUAUUCGACAAGACACUAAACAUUCGAGUGGAAAUUCAGUGCAUACACAUCCUGAGGAUAGUGUUGAUAGUGUACCUAAUUCACCAACAACAUCAACAGCAGCCGAACAUUAUAGGCUUGGCUUUCAGGAAUGUUUAAGUGAAACCAUGCACUUUCUUGUUGAGGUCGAGGGUUUUUUUGCGAGAGAUUCUCUAUGUGUACAAUUAAUUGGUCAUUUACAGCAACAUUGUGAAAAAAUUCUCGCCACCAGUGAUAGACUUGGUUUUCCACAUCCAGAUUUACCAUCGUCAAAUGAAUCAACAAAUGAAAAUUUCAUUCAUUCAACAAUACCAACGGUGUGUCUUCAAAAUAAUCAAUCAUCCGAUCAUUGUUCAAGUUCAGGAGUGAGUUCAUUGAGUGAUACUGAACGUUCAAGACCUAUUGUACAACCGCCACCAUCAUCAACAACAACAACAGAUGAUAGUGAUCACAGUAAUCAUAGUUCAUCGCACAGUACACCAUUGGCAAUAAGGCCACCAAAUUAUAAAUUUAAAAGUUCAAUUAAACAGAGAUUUUCAGCUGAAAGAAUAAAAUUAAGUCCACCACCUGUUUUAGAUAAACCACAUGGUGUACCAAUAUUUGCAUUACAUGAUGGUGGUGCAUUUUAUAUUCCAUUAACAGUAGAAUCAUCAAUGUUAAGGCCACAUCUUACAUUUUUUCCUGACACUGGUCCAGAUACGGUACUUCAUCCCGUUACAAUUUCAGUGAAUUUUAAUCAUUCAACACCACCUGCAUGGUCUCAUCACAGUCCAACACAUUAAAAAAAAAAAAAAAAAAAAAAAAAAAGAAUCCACUUUGUGUUCUUUAAUUUUUGAAAAAAAUUUAUUCUUAAUCUUCCAUUUUUGCUGCCAUUUUUGUUUUUAUGUCGAAUUUUACUAAAUGAAAAUAAUACAACGGUCUCUUUAUUAUUUUACUAACACAGAAAAUUAAAAAGGGCAUUAAAAUAAGCUGCAACGUUUAUUAUUUUAAUCCAAUUUUGCUUAUUUUAAUACCCAAAACCCAGAUAGCACGGAAACUUGCAGCAAGCUCGCGGCAAGCUUGUCUGAGCUAGCGAAAUGUCCCACCCAGAGCAAACUUGCCGUGAAAGCUUGCUGUAAGCUUUCUAGGAAAGGUUGCUGCAAUCUUGCCAUGAAAGAUUGCUGCAUGCAUCAUAAGAAUGAUUGCGGCAAGUUUGCCGUGAAAGAUUGCUGUAAGCUUGCUACGUAAGGUUGCAGGAGAAUUUCAACAAGCUUCUGGAAAGGUUGCUGCAAGGUCUCCUUAAAUUUGUUUCGAAAAUUUUGUCGUUAAGUUCCCAAAUGAAAAUAAGCAGGACAUAAUUAAUAAUAAUAAACGUUACAAGGAUUUUCAAAUUUAGAAAACAAAUAAAUUUUUUUUAAAUUUAAAAUUUAUUUUUUAAAAAUUGCAGCAAGCUUUCAGCAACCUUUCCAGAAGAUUGUUGAAAUUCUCCUGCAAUCUUACGUAGCAAGCUUACAGCAAUCUUUCACGGCAAAAUUGCCGCAAUCAUUCUUAGAAUGCUUGCAGCAAUCUUGUAACAAUCUUUCAUGGCAAGAUUGCAGCAACCUUUCCUGGAAAGCUUACAGCAAGUUUUCACGGCAAGCUUGCCCUGGGUGGGACAUUUCGCUAGCUCAGACAAGCUUGCCGCAAGCUUGCUGCAAGUUUCCGUGCUAUCUGGGAAUGGAUUAAAAUAAGCAAAAUUGGAUUAAAAUAAUAAUCGUUGCAGCUUAUUUUAAUGCCUUUUAAUUUUCUUUGAAGUUAUAAUUUUUUAGAAAAAUAUUUUUAAAAAAAUUUUCUUUUAUUAUGACCCAUGACUUUGAUUUUUCUGAUAAAUUAUAGCCCUAGUUAAAAAAAAUUGAAGAGAACAAUGUUUUUUUUAGACUUUUCGUUUUUUUUUUUUUUUUUUUUUUUUAAGAUUUUAGAAAAUUUCCAAUACAGAUUCUCGAAAAGAAAUAUCAAAAUGUGAUAAUAUUAUUAUCUGAUAAUUUUUAAUUUAGGUUUUCUCUCUUUAUUCUUUUUUUUUUAUCCAAUGUGUUUUAUUUAUUUUUAAAAGAAAUAAUUUUAUUUAUUUAACCUAUAGUAAUAUUCAUUUUUUUUUAAAGCACAAAUAAAAAAAUCUGAAAUUUUGUAAAUAAAAUAAUGAACCUCUGAAAAAUAAUUCCAUGGUUUUUUUUUUUAAGGAUAUGUCAGAAAUAUUUUUGAACAAUUAUGAGGCUGUGUGUUGCUUUAGCAUUUAUGAAUUUGACACAAAAUAAAGAGGUUUAGCUUAAAAAGAAAAUUUCUUUUUUUUAUUGUCAAAUCUAAUUAAUGUUUCGAAUAAAUUCGAUAUAGUAUUAUGAAAAUUCGAUUGGCAUCAUUGUAUAGAUAAUUGAAAUUUUUUUUUUAAAAAGUCCUGUAUGUGGUGAUUACUUACAAAUUGUACGAUUAUUAUUAUUUUUUUUUGUCAAUCAGUAUUAAUUUAACAUUGUUCGGAUUUUAAUUCCUUUUUUUAAAAUGUAAAAAAAAUAAUUUCUGCACAAAUACUACUAGAAAGAUUUUGCAAAAUCAAAAAAAUUUCUAUUAUUAAAAAAUUAAUUAUUAUUAAUAGAAAUUAAAAAUUAUAAAAUAAUUUUCUUUUUGGUAAAAAGUGUUUAUAAUUUUUGCAAAAUUUUGAAAGUUGUAUAUUGGUAACUCUAUUUGCGGUGUGAACGAAAUAAAUUAAGAUAUGUUUAAGAAUUAUGAAUUCCAAUAAUGUGAUGAUUGCGCCAUAUCAGAAAAUGAAAAGUGACCUAUUAAUCCAUUUCAGACUGCAAAAUAGAUUUGUGUCAGACAUUUUUCAUCCUAUUGAUAUUUUCCUAACAAAAAAAAAAAAAAAGGAAUUCUAACAAAUUCUUAUAAAAUCAUUACAUUAAAAAAACAUUUUUUGUACAUAUAACAUUAAUUGUAAAAUUUACCAAGAAUUCAUUUUGAGAAUAAAUUAUAUAUAUAUUUAUCAUAA